AUGGCGCUUCCUCACCAAGGCUCUCGGGCCUCACCACCCAUCCAAGACAUCCCUCUUCACGACAUCGAGGCCCCCCGGGAUCAGGAUUCCCCAUACUACUACUCCCGCUCCCGCUCCGCCCGGAGCCAUUCCCCGGGCGUCUCCGAGAAGCUGGACGACUUCUUCGACGAUUGGCAGACGCACAUCGAUCGCGCCUUCACCAACUUCCUGGUCGCCCUCACCCCGAGUUUUUGGCAACAUUUGGUGGGCGGCGAACCCCCCGAGGCUGGCCGCCUCCAUGCCAUCGCCGCCCUGGACGGUCUGCGCGGCUGGGCCUGUCUCUUGGUCUUCAACUUCCACUUCCUCUUCACCUACACCUGGAAGGUCGCCGUCGGCUGGGGGUUCAACGGCGAAAACUACAGUCUCUGGCAGCUGCCCAUCUUCCAUAUGGUCGUCUCGGGCCAUAUCAUGGUCGCCAUCUUCUUCGUCAUCUCCGGCUACGUCCUCUCCUACAAACCCAUCAAGACCAUCCGCAGUCGCAUGUUCGAUCAGACCUUCCUCACCCUGGCCUCCUCCACCUUCCGCCGCGGCCUGCGCCUCUACGUCCCCGCCAUUGUCGGCUUGGCGACCGUCUUCAUCGCCGUGCGCAUGGGCUUCUACAACUACUCCUUUGGCGUCAUCAAGGAGGGUCACACCAUCCAGGGCACCAACGAACAACACCCGGAGCUGAUGGAGCUCCUCUACGACCAGUACUGGGACUGGCACCUGACGAUCAUGAACCUCAUGAACCCCUGGAACUGGGCCCUCUACUACAACUACUACAACCCGCACCUCUGGACCAUCCCCGUCGAGUUCCGCUGCUCCAUCGUGCUCUUCCUCACCAUCCUGGCCACCUCCCGCACCAAGACCGUCGUCCGCCUGUCGCUCGUCAGCGGCCUGAUCUGGUUCUGCAUGCGCUGGGGUCGCUGGGACGUCGUGCUCUUCCUGAGCGGCAUGCUCCUGGCCGAGGCCGACCUGAUCCACGGCACCUGGGAGCGUCCGCCCCGCCCGGCCGACGGCUCCGACCCCGACGACGGUGUCGCGCUCCCCCGCUCCCUCCAGCAGCUCGCCCGCUACCUCGCCAGCCGCAAGCUCUGGAUCGGUCUGUUCCUCGUCGGCCUCUACCUGGGCUCCACCCCCAACACCGGCUGCCGCUGGACCCCCUUCUACAUGUGGACCUACCAGGUCAUCCCGGAGACCUACCCCGAGCCCCACCGGUUUCCCCAGACCAUCGGGGCCGUGCUCAUCGUCUGCAGCAUCAACCACUCCAGGGAGAUCCAGAAGCUGUUCACCAACGGACUCUCGCAGUACCUCGGCAAGAUCUCCUUUGCCUUUUACAUCGUCCACGGACCCAUCCUCCACUCGCUGGGCUACUCCCUCAUGCCCAACAUCUGGAGCCUCACGGGCAAGGAGACCAAUUUUCAGUACUGCCUGGGCUUCCUCAUCGGCUGGAGCAUCUGCCUCCCCAUUUCCAUCUGGGCGGCUGAUAUCUUCUGGCGCGCCGUUGACAUUCCGAGCGUCAAAUUUGCGCGCUGGGUCGAGAGCCAAGUCAUGAUCAAGGGUCCAGCCCCGCCGCCCCCUAAUCCCAACCCCAACCGAUCAGUUUAA